AUGAAAAAUAAAACCAUUUUAACUGAGUUCAUCCUUCUGGGUCUAACAGAUAUCCCUGAACUCCAGGUGGCAGUUUUCACCUUUCUUUUCCUUACGUAUUUACUCAGCAUCCUUGGAAAUCUGAUUAUCCUCAUCCUCACCUUACUGGACUCCCACCUUCAGACUCCCAUGUAUUUCCUUCUCCGGAACUUCUCCUUCUUGGAAAUUUCCUUCACAAACAUCUUCAUUCCCAGGGUCCUGAUUAGCAUCACAACAGGGGACAAGAGUAUCAGCUUUGCUGGCUGCUUCACUCAGUAUUUCUUUGCCAUAUUCCUUGGGACCACAGAGUUUUACCUUCUGGCUGCCAUGUCCUAUGACCACUAUGUGGCCAUCUGCAAACCUCUGCAUUACACCACCAUCAUGAGCAGCAGAGUCUGCACCCAGCUGAUUUUCUGCUCUUGGCUGGGUGGGCUAAUGGCUAUUAUACCACCAAUCACCCUGAUGAGUCAGCAGGACUUUUGUGCAUCCAACAGGCUGAAUCAUUAUUUCUGUGACUAUGAGCCUCUUCUGGAACUCUCAUGUUCAGACACAAGCCUCAUAGAGAAGGUUGUCGUUCUUGUGGCAUCUGUGACCCUAGUGGUCACUCUGGUGCUAGUGAUUCUCUCCUAUACAUUCAUUAUCAAGACUAUUCUGAAACUCCCCUCUGCUCAGCAAAGGCCAAAAGCCUUUUCCACUUGUUCUUCCCACAUGAUUGUCAUCUCUCUCUCUUAUGGAAGCUGCAUGUUUAUGUACAUUAAUCCCUCUGCAAAAGAAGGGGAUACAUUCAACAAGGGAGUAGCUCUACUCAUUACUUCAGUUGCUCCUUUGUUGAACCCCUUUAUUUACACCCUAAGGAACCAACAGGUAAAACAAGCCUUCAAGGAUAUGGUCAAAAAGCUUGUGAAUCUUUAA